AGCUCUGCCUGCAACGCCAAAAAUCGUCUUCCAUCGUUCACUCUUAUCAUCACGUAAGAUUUUCCUAAAGGACGCAACGCAUACACGCGCAUCGUGUGGAUUUCCGCUUCCACCGCCACCACAAGAACAACAACAGCAAAGAGGAAAUACAAGUUGCAGAAUGAGCUCUGCGGACGAGACGGCGGCUGCGGUGGAUGUCCCGAAGGACCAGGCCGAGGAGCCGCUGUUGGAAACUUCGAUAGCGCCUCCCCCUGCGCCUGAGCAAGUGACAGGAGAAGAAACACCUGCAGAGCCAGAAGCACCAGCGGAGCCAGAGGCACCAGCGGAGCCAGAGGCACCAGCGGAGCCAGAGGCACCAGCGGAACCGGAGGCACCAGAGGCACCAGCGGAACCAGAGGCACCAGCGGAGCCAGAGGCACCAGCGGAGCCAGAGGCACCAGCGGAGCCAGAGGCACCAGCGGAACCGGAGGCACCAGCGGAACCAGAGGCACCAGAGGCACCAGCGGAACCAGAGGCACCAGAGGCACCAGCGGAACCGGAGGCACCAGCGGAACCAGAGGCACCAAUAGCAGAACCAGGAGCAGAAACAGAAGCAGUGGUGGUGGCUGCAACACCAGAAGUGGAGAGCGCUGCCAAACAAGAGACGGACACUUUGCCCGUUCCCGGCAGCCCCCCGCACGACGCAGCAGACACCCCCGCCGCAGCCGCGACGGAGACACCUACGCCGUCGGCCGAGAAUCCCGCCGUUGCGGCGGUUACUUCUGCGGCGGACAGCGGCAAAAAGGUUCUUUUCACUCCCGCCACGGCUUCCUCGGCCAAGUCAGCCCAUUCACACGCUUCGCCGCGGUCCGCGCUGUCGGCCUCACCCCCGCGUGUUGACCUGGCGGUCUCCUCUGCGGCGACGAAUGCGGCUUCUCCUCCACAGGCGACCUACACAGACGCGACAGGCGCGUACAUACACGCGGAAACGGUGCGCAUUGCCGCAGCCGCAGCCGCGCUGACGCCCAACACCGUCCUCGGCGUCUUCCGGCGUGGCGGAGACAACAGCCACACGAAUCGCAUGGAGGUCGGCUCCUACUCUCGCUACCUGCUCUCCACCGAUCACAUGCCAUCUGACGUGUUGAACGAAACGUUCUACGGCGAGCAGCCGACCCUGGGCACUGUGCCGCGCAACACGGUUCGGCCCCUCAACGGGGUAAAAGGGGAAGAGGACGCGGAUGGUGCGGUGCAGCAGCAGCAGCAGCGGCAGACUCGAUACGGCGGGUCCCAAAGAAAUACGUACCACUCCUCCUCCUACUCCUCGUCGGUGCCCGCCGGCGCACAGACGAGUGCGACGUGGAACAGCACCGCCGGCAGUGGGACGCUAAAGCGCGAGCUGGAGAUGCUCGACGCUGCGACCUUUGCCGGUCUCGACGAGGUGCGCGUGCAGCGUCGGCGCGAUCCCCGCAAAGGCAAACCCGCUCAGCCGGAGAUGGACCAUGUGUACUACAACCACAAGAGCAAGGGCUUCUACGUCCCACACGACCCCAGCCCGGACACCACGAUGCUGCAGUACAAUCACAUGUACAACUUCGGCGAUGGCACGCGCUUUGCGCCGCUGCUAACAACGUCCUCCUCCUCCGCAUCUGGAACACAGCAGCAGCAGCAGCGGCUGCUGGAGAAAGGCAGCAGCGGUGGGUUUCGCCGCAACCCACAUGCGCUCCCCCCGCGCACCUUCGAAGAGACACGCGGCUGCGCCUUUCCGCUGACAGCGUCCCAGCGGCAGAACUACUCGAACUCCGCACGAAGUAGCUCAGGAAAGCGACUGAACAUAAGCGGCACCACCGCCACAACGAUGACGAUAUCGCAGGCAGACAGUGCAAAGCUGCAGCAGCAGCAGCAGCAGCAUCGUCGACAGCGGGCUGACGUUCAGUACGGCUCCAGCUCACUGCGCACCGCAAAGGCGAUUGAUUUGACGCGGCUGCACAGCACCCAGGGCCCGCGACCGCGCACGAUUGAGGAAAUCCUCGUCGAUCAGCAGCAGAAUUAUCUGUACAACGGCGGCGGCGGCGCACCGCAUCCGCUGGUGCACAACAUUAAGCAAGACGUGGACAACGGCAAGUUGGGGUGGGACGAGGUGCCGGCGUCGUUGCAGACGGCGCUGACCGCCGCGCCCCACAACGCCGACGGGUCGUUGCCGGACAAGAAGCAUCAGCAGCUCUACGCGCGGACGGCUUCAGCUGGGCAGCUACAACAGCAGGGCACCGCCUCGCUCUCGCAGCCGGCGAACGGGCUUGUCGACGUCAUGGGCCAUCUUCGGCCGGUUCCCGCGAUCGCAGCGGCGACGGCAACGCGGAGCACGAGCGGUGCAUCUCCCACGAUGGAAGCCGCCGCCGCUAAAGCUGCAACAACAACGGAUGCGACGUGCUCUGCUUCCACGCAGGAGCGGGGCGGAAAGUCUGCAAAGGGCGAAGCAGCCGCACCACCGUCGUCGCUACCGGCCAUCUCUCGCUUAAACUAUGCAAAGUAG